UGUUGUUUUAUAGUUUUUAGAUGUGUUUAUGAAAGGCUACCGAGACGCAGUAGAUACACGUGUACAGAUUGGAGAAUCUUGUUUCUCUCAGGAAAAUCAGUCAUGCUACGCUGGAUCCUUGGGGGUCGGAGCUCACAAGGCCUGGCUGAGAAGAGUGUGGCAAUGUGCAUUGGGGAAGAACAGCCAAAAAACUGUUAUACUGAGCUACAAGUACUCAAAGGCCAUUUUGACAUUGUUCGGUUUCUGGUACAGAUUGAUGACAUCAGGUUUGCAUCUGCAGGGGACGAUGGGAUAGUGCUAGUGUGGAAUGUUGAGACUGGAGAGCGAUUGGUGGAGUUACAAGGCCAUACUCAACAAAUCACAGCUGUAACUGCAUACAAAUUUACCAAGGAUGAAAAACCUCAUACAGUGCUUAUAACGGCUUCAUCUGACCGCAUGCUGUGUAUGUGGGACCCAGACACAGGAAUCAGAGUGCACACAGUAUCUAAUCUACAAUCGUCAGUUAAGUGUUUUUUAGUGCUAGAUCAUCUAAAUGUGUGGCUCUCUGGUGGAAAUGAGCUGUGUGUAUGGAAUAGAAACUUUGAAUUGCAGUGUAAGACUGCAUAUCACAAAGACAUAGGCAUCACGGAAUUAGUGGACUUGUUCAAAAACUGUGUUGCAGCAGCCAUAGACAAAGAGAUUGUUAUUUUUAAGCUGUCAGAAGACACGAUGUCAAUCUUGGCCAUUCAUUACCUAGCUGACCACCAGGACACCAUUCGAGCGCUCAUCAAGGUGAAUGAUGGAAUGUUUGCCAGUGGCUCGCAUAUUGGUGAAAUCAUCCUCUGGGACAGCAUUAACUGGUCAAUAUAUGCUUACGAACGCAUUCUGUGGGAGGAACCAGCUGGAAAUGGCCAAUCUGAGAUAAGAAUGGCCCAGCAGAAACAGAGCGAAAUGUCCAUCCAGCACCUGCACUCAGAUGGAGAGCUGCUUAUUGCAGGAGUAGGCAGUGGUCUGUAUGUGUAUAAUGUAGUGAUGAGAACAGGCGUGGCAUAUAGAAAGUUUGCUCAUGACUCUGAUGUUCUACACACCAUGCUGCUGCCUGAUGGACAGGUAAUGUCAUGUUCUGAGGACGGCAGUGUUAGGAUCUGGGAGCUACAGGAUGUUCCCCUUCCUGCAGAGCCUGCCUCCUCAGGGCUUUUGGGGUUGUUUGGCCAUUUUGGAAGAUCCAGUAAGGAGACUGUUGUUCCUGCUAAAAAACAUUUAGAUGUUGCUGGUCUACGCACAUUGCAGCUAAUUGGUGAUUUGAUUGGUCACUCUGGAGCUGUGCAGGUCUUCAAACCAGAGUAAGAAGUAAAGGCUUUAACAAGACCACCCAGUAAUGCAAGAGAGAAAUCAGAAACAACUUCUUUUGGUACAGAUGCUCCUCCUCUAAGCCAUUCAGAGACCCAGUUUGAUAUGGCGUUAAUGUCAUGCCGCUCAGACAGCAUUUGCACCACUGGGAUGUGAAUAGAAGUAUCUCCAUGUGAGGACAGAACUCCUUGAUAUGGAAAUAUACUGUAUGUCCUGAUGUUUCUGUUUAGUGAGCCUUUUGACUACUGUACCUGUAGCAUUAAAACGUACACUUGAGUCUUUACUAGUAUUUUGACUAGUAGUUGAGAGGGGGUCCAAUAGUGGCAUAAAAAAUGUGUCAAGGCCGAUGUCAUGAAUACUGCCCCUAUGAGGCACACUGUAUUUUAUUAGAUGAGGGGGAAAGGAUGGGGUGUUUGUGUUCUACCUCCCUAUCCCCUCUCUCUUGUUUGGCUUUUCUUAAUGUACUCAGGCUUGGUAGGUGGGUAGCUCUGGGUUACCGAGUGGCAUUAUCUUGUAAGCCUCUGUGGCUCGCCACACAUGUAGCAGUUUUUUACCCUGCCAGAGUUCUUCAGAGAGUCUUUUCUCUCCAGAUAGCAUGUGCUUUGCCUUUCCAGUAUGAAAACUGUCAUCAAUGUAAUCAAUUCUGCAUUUUAGCACUGCUGGUGUGCUCACCUCUGGUAGACUCUCACUGGAAAUGGACAAUUUUGCAGUACAGUGGCCAGUGAUGUCAAUGCACUUAGAUGCACUGUGUGGGUACACUUUUGCUCUCUUGAAACUAAGUAUGCAGGCUAAUCUGGUCAUGUUCCAGAUCUCUUCAUUUAGGACAUGAGACCAUGUGCCAGAAUUAGAGCUGUCACUGUCUUCAUCUGCCUUUACCUUCAUCUAUAUUUUUGAUGCAAUCAUUUUCAAUUUCAGUUGAUUUGUCUUUCACUUGCCUUUUAAUGUGUAUGUACAGCAUAUGUUUGUUUUAUAUUUUUCACAGAACUGUCCAAUCUUGUUCUAAAUGUCAUUAAUAUGAUUAAAAUUCUCAGAGGACUAUUACAGGGUUUUAUUAGAAGCAAUAAAUUACCUUAAAAUGAGAAUUAUGUGUUUAUGUGCUA